AUGACGAAUCUCCAUGGAGAGCUGACUACCGUAUCAUCGACUAUCUUUGGGAUGAUCAGCCAUCACUCUACAACUGCGCACUCACCCGCAGCUACACGAUCUCGAGCUCUGGGGCGCUAUGUUCACAAUUGUGGGGAGAGCGCCGAAUCCUUUGGAAAGGUACUUGAAAGGAUCGUGCGUACGCUCUCGGAGAGGUCGUUACGAUCGUUAGAUUCGGUCAUGGCGAAAUUCCCGGACAGCACUGCUGCAGGUGCAGUGAUACGCGCGAUUGAGGGCGUCGUCGAACGCUUAUCGUUGAGAAUAUUCUUCUCGUCGAAACUUACAGUCGCCUAUCCUCGCUCAGUCUCCAACUCCGGGAUUCCUCUUGCGUCUUGA